AAAGGAGCGAGAGAGAGAGAUUUGAAGGACGGGAGAAAGGCGAGGGACAAAAUUUGACACCCACGUUUGUGGCGGCAACAAUACUCCACACCCCUCACCCAAAUCUCUCUCUCUCUCUCUCUCCUCACACAACGCCAUGGCUCUUCUGCAACUCCAAACCUCUCUCUGCAAAACAACAGGCUUCAUAAGGUCCCCAAAUCGUUCACCUCGUGUCUACUCUGUUGUCCCCGCAAUCAGAGCAAAAGUGGAACCUUCAGAAAAAUCUGUUGAGAUUAUGAGAAAAUUUUCAGAACAAUAUGCACGCCGCUCCGGAACAUAUUUUUGUGUGGAUAAAGGGGUCACAUCUGUUGUUAUAAAGGGGUUGGCGGAACAUAAAGAUACAUUAGGGGCACCAUUAUGCCCUUGUAGGCAUUAUGAUGAUAAAGAGGCUGAGGCAGCUCAUGGUUUUUGGAAUUGCCCAUGUGUACCCAUGAGGGAAAGGAAGGAGUGCCACUGUAUGCUUUUCCUCACCUCUGACAACGAUUUUGCUGGUGGCGAACAGGCUAUCAGUUUAGAGGAGAUCAAAGAAUCAACGUCCAAUCUCUGAUUGUCAAGCUGGACCUCUUUGACAAAAUGGAUUUGUGAAGUGCAGGAGAUCUGUAUGAUAAAACGUUGGAGUUGGAGCAUGUACAGGUUCAGGAUUCUUACUUCAUUAUAUACUUAGGUAUCAUGCUACUUGGUUUCUCAGAAUAAUGUCAAAUGCAUGACUCACUCCAUUCUCUAUCUUCUGUUAUAUAUUAUUGAAAUACUAGGGGGGUGUUUCUCUCUGAUACAUAGAGCGUUUCACAGUGCCUUUCUAUGUGAUUUAUGUAGGAUCUCAAUUCUUGCGUUCAGAGAUUUUCCUUGUAAUUUUUGUGUAGUGGCUUAUUCCAUGUGCGUUUAUGUAUAGCUUCAUAAUUGG